AUGCCGUCUUACCUACGCAACCCAUACAGGUCCUACUCAUACCCACCCACUCUUGAAGGUAUCGAGGAGGACUAUGAAAACAACCUACCAGAUAUUGACGAAGACCCCUUUGCCCACUUCAUCACUCCUAUCGAUGACGAAGACCCAUACGACAUGUCCCUGAGCGCGGGCAUCAUGGUCGCCGAUGGACCUCGAGCAAGCAAGGCCUCAAAGUUCAAGUUCAACGUAGCAGACAAGUGGACUCGCUACAUCAAGCAAAGCCACACUGGACUGCACAAGCAGCACCAUACCACAACCAUCGUCGAAGAAGAAGAGGACGAGGACGAAGAAGAAUCCUUCAUGGGCCUCGACGACGCUCGCCUCAAUGAAAGACCCUCCCCAACGCCGGAACUUGCGCACACUGUCUGGUCAUCGUCAUUCAUGGAGAGCUCCGAGCCCGGAUCUCUUCACUGUCGACGAGUCGGAGGAAGACGAGCUUCCUGUGUUGAGGAGAUCGAGGACAAGGAAGGCCAAGGAUGGCGCAGAGCGCCGGAGGUCGUCGACGCGGUCGCAAUCGCGGAUGAGGGGGGACAUGACUGA